AUGGCGGAGGACAUGAUGUCAUUCUACCAUGGUGAUCAGCCGGGAGGGACCCCUGGCCUGCUACCCUUACCAUACUACUGGUGGGAAGCCGGCGCUCUAAUGGGCUCCCUCGUCGAUUACUGGUACUACACGGGCGACUCGAGGUGGAACAACAUCACGAAAGAGGGCAUGCUCUACCAGGUCGGCCCCAACAACGACUACAUGCCGCCGAACCAAACAAUGACCGAAGGGAAUGACGACCAAGGCUUCUGGGGCAUGGCGGUUAUGUCGGCGGCCGAGUACAACUUCCAGAACCCCCCGAGCGAUAAACCACAGUGGCUGGCACUGGCCCAGGCCGUCUUCAAUACCCAAGCGGCUCGGUGGGAUAGUCAAGAUUGCGGGGGCGGCCUUCGCUGGCAGAUAUUCACCUGGAACAAUGGCUACGACUACAAGAAUUCCAUCUCGCAGGCCUGCUUCUUCAAUAUUGCCGCACGACUAGCCCGGUACACGGGCAAUCAGUCGUACGCUGGAUGGGCCGACCGCACAUGGGACUGGAUGGUGGAUGCCAAGCUCCUGGACCCGAAAACAUACUACAUCUACGAUGGCACGCACAUUAACAACUGCUCCGCCAUUACGCCGUACCAGUGGACUUACAACGCCGGGGCGUUUCUCCUGGGCGCCGCUGCCAUGUACAACUACACGUCCGGAACCACCCGGGACAUGUGGAAGCAACGCGUCAACGGCCUGCUCGAUGGUAUCAACGUGUUCUUUGCCGGAAACAAGAGCGAUGUCAUGACCGAGGUGGCGUGCGAGCCCGUGAACCUGUGCGACCUCGACCAGCAGAGCUUCAAGGCGUAUCUGUCACGCUGGAUGGCGUCCACGACGAAGUGGGCGCCCUGGACGUACGACCGCAUCAAGCCGCUUCUCGCCACGUCCGCCAUCGCCGCCGCGUCGACGUGCACGGGAGGCGACAACAAGCGCAUGUGCGGACACCAAUGGACCGAGCAUGGCAAGUGGGACGGCUCGACGGGCGUCGGCCAGCAGAUGUCCGCCAUGGAGAUUGUGCUCGCCAACAUGAUCCAGCAAGUCACGGCCCCCGUCACUAACAGCACGGGCGGCACGAGCGCCGGCAACCCGGGCGCCGGCGGCUCCGACGUGGGCCGCACCGACCCCUUCGACAUCAGCGGCUCGUUCCCCCCCAUGACUACUGCCGGCCGUGUCGGGGCUUACAUCUGCACUGCCCUCAUGGCCAUCGGCCUACUAUGCGGUUGCGCCUUUACGGUCUCGCAGCGCGUCUCGGGCCUGCGCUCGGUCGCUGCCUUAGGAGGCGUUGGCGGCGGCGGCGGCGGCCGAGGCGGAAUUCUGCGCAACGCUCAUAAUGAUGAUAAGGGCAAAAUAGCGUUGAUGCAGCAGUCCGAGAGCGAAAACAGCUUUGCGUACACGGCCUCGGCAUUCUUGGAAAAGGACGACGAGGUUAUGGUUAAUACACACUACCUCGUUCCCAGCGACGAGGCUUACUACCGAACGCCGCGCCCUGCACCGCGCCCGCCGCCACUGCCUCCCCGAUACCACAUGAGAACCCAAUCGCCUGGCUCUGCGUCUCCUGCCUAUUGGAGAAAUAAUACCGGUGGCGGUGGUGGAGGAAGGUUCGCAGGAGCAGGAGGAGUCGGGCACGGCAACCAGCGCCUAGAUUUCCGCCGCAACAACUCUUUACAAUCGUCGCCACCGCCGCAUCAGCAGCCGCAAAGGAUAUCCUUCCCUAGAGUAGACGGGUCUACGUCGCUCCGUAAGAAGGCGAUACAUAACCGCGUCGUGCACUUUGGGCGCGACAUCAACGGCAACCAGCGCGCAUAG